UUUUUUUUUUAUUUCAGGCAAAGUUUUGGGUUUUGUUGGCGCUGUCUGUGCACUUACGUCCUUGCAACUUUUUAGCUUCUUUGCUAAAGGAAAACCAGUAAGGAAACAGGCCGAGUGGACUGUGGAAUUCUGAAAAAAAAGGAUAUUACGGAAAAAUAAUUUAAAGAGAUCAGUUGGUUUAACCGGAGUGUCGUACGCUCGGUAUAAUUGUCACAAUAAAGUCAUUCUGGAUCUGGAAUAGUAAGACAGCUAUAGAAAUAGAGGUAUCAUCAUGGAUCAUUACGAGGCCGAUGAAAAUGAAUAUAUGCAUCAAGAGGACGACUGGGAUCGAGAUCUUCUUUUGGACCCUGCUUGGGAAAAACAGCAGAGGAAGACAUUCACAGCCUGGUGCAACUCACAUCUUCGGAAAGCAGGGACACAAAUUGAAAACAUUGAGGAGGACUUUCGAGAUGGCCUAAAGCUCAUGCUUCUGCUUGAAGUUAUCUCAGGAGAACGGCUGGCUAAACCAGAGAGAGGGAAGAUGCGCGUUCACAAGAUCUCUAAUGUCAAUAAAGCUCUGGAUUUUAUUGCCAGCAAAGGAGUAAAGUUGGUGUUCAUUGGGGCAGAAGAGAUUGUUGAUGGUAAUGCUAAGAUGACACUUGGAAUGAUCUGGACAAUUAUUCUCCGGUUUGCAAUCCAAGACAUUUCUGUUGAAGAGACGUCAGCCAAAGAGGGUCUGCUUCUGUGGUGUCAAAGGAAGACGGCGCCCUACAAAAAUGUCAACAUUCAGAACUUUCAUAUCAGCUGGAAAGAUGGCUUGGGAUUCUGUGCACUCAUUCAUAGACACCGUCCAGAGCUCAUUGACUAUGGGAAACUUCGCAAGGAUGACCCCAUGACCAACCUCAACACAGCUUUUGACGUGGCAGAGAAGUACCUGGACAUCCCCAAAAUGCUGGACGCGGAGGACAUCGUAGGCACUGCACGCCCGGAUGAGAAAGCCAUCAUGACUUACGUCUCAAGCUUCUACCACGCCUUCUCAGGCGCCCAGAAGGCAGAGACAGCAGCCAACCGGAUCUGCAAGGUUUUGGCAGUGAACCAAGAGAAUGAGCAACUGAUGGAGGACUACGAGAAACUAGCCAGUGAUCUGCUGGAAUGGAUCCGACGUACCAUCCCCUGGCUAGAGAACAAAACCCCGGAGAACACAAUGCAGGCCAUGCAGCAGAAGCUGGAGGACUUCCGGGACUAUCGGCGCCUCCAUAAACCACCGAAAGUACAGGAAAAGUGUCAGCUGGAGAUCAACUUUAAUACCCUCCAGACAAAGCUGAGGCUCAGCAACAGACCUGCCUUCAUGCCUUCAGAGGGGAAGAUGGUCUCGGACAUUUCCAAUGCUUGGGUUGGGCUGGAAGGGGCUGAGAAAGGCUAUGAGGAGUGGCUGUUGAAUGAGAUCCGCCGGCUAGAGAGACUUGACCAUCUAGCUGAGAAGUUUCGCCAGAAAGCUGCCAUCCAUGAGGCCUGGACUGAAGGUAAGGAGGAGAUGCUACAGAAGAGUGACUAUGAGACGGCAUCGCUGUCGGAUAUCAAGGCCCUGCUGAAGAAACACGAAGCUUUCGAGAGCGAUCUGGCUGCCCAUCAGGACAGAGUGGAACAGAUCGCAGCCAUUGCACAGGAGUUGAAUGAGCUGGACUACUACGACUCUCCCAGCGUUAAUACCCGUUGCCAGCAUAUCUGUGACCAGUGGGAUGCUCUUGGAGUUCUUUCUCAGAAGCGAAGUGAGGCUUUGCAGAGAACAGAGAAGCUGCUUGAAACGAUCGACCAGUUGUACCUUGAGUUUGCUAAAAGGGCAGCGCCAUUUAACAACUGGAUGGAGGGGGCCAUGGAGGAUCUUCAGGACACGUUCAUUGUCCACACUAUUGAGGAGAUACUGGGACUGAGCACAGCCCAUGAACAGUUUAAAGCCACACUGCCAGACGCAGACAAGGAGCGCCAAGCCAUUCUGGGCAUACACAAUGAGAUUGCCAAGAUCGUUCAGACGUACCACGUGAACAUGGCUGGAUCAAACCCUUAUACAACCAUCAACCCUCAAGAAAUCAAUACAAAGUGGGACAAGGUUCGGCAGUUGGUGCCACAGCGUGACCAGGCCUUGAGUGGAGAACACGCUCGGCAGCAGAACAAUGAAAGAUUGCGGAAACAGUUUGCUAGUCAGGCCAAUGUCAUUGGGCCAUGGAUGCAGACCAAGAUGGAGGAAAUUGGGCGGAUUUCCAUUGAGAUGCACGGGACCCUGGAGGAUCAGUUGACACACCUUCGGCAAUAUGAAAAGAGCAUCGUGAACUACAAAUCAAAAAUUGAUCAGCUUGAGGGAGAUCACCAGCUUAUCCAAGAGGCCCUUAUCUUUGACAACAAGCACACUAAUUACACCAUGGAGCAUGUGCGCGUGGGUUGGGAACAGCUCCUUACAACCAUUGCUCGCACCAUCAAUGAAAUUGAAAACCAGAUCUUGACACGGGAUGCCAAGGGUAUUAGCCAAGAGCAGAUGAAUGAAUUCCGCGCUUCCUUCAACCACUUUGACCGGGACCACUCCGGUACUUUGGGCGCUGAGGAGUUCAAAGCCUGCCUGAUCAGCCUGGGCUACGAUAUCGCCAACGACGCGCAGAAGAGAACAGGAAUGAUGGACGCAGAAGACUUCGGAGUCUACCUUAUCUCCCUGGGUUAUAAUCUGGGAGAGGCCGAGUUUGCUCGAAUCAUGAGCAUCGUGGACCCCAACCGGCAAGGCGUCGUCACCUUCCAAGCCUUCAUUGACUUUAUGUCGCGAGAGACUGCUGAUACAGACACUGCCGACCAAGUAAUGACCUCUUUCAAGGUGCUGGCUGGAGAUAAGAACUACAUUUUGGCAGACGAGCUUCGCAGGGAACUGCCCCCUGACCAGGCGGAAUACUGCAUUGCCCGCAUGGCACCUUACUCUGGUCCCGAUGGUGUUCCUGGUGCUCUGGACUAUAUGUCCUUCUCAACCGCACUCUAUGGAGAAAGUGACCUUUGAACCCUCCUGCCGCCGUAAUCACAGUCACCUCCUGUCGCCCUGGGACCAUCAUUCUUUUACAACUGUCAUUUUUUUAGUAGUACACCUCAAUUUACGGUCUGCUUUUUCUACAAUACCUGCUCCCAUGGAACCAGUGGCAUCAUUAAGAAUGGAGCAUCAUUAAGAAUGCAGAGAUGAACAAUCACAAAUAAAUUCCCAAAUAUGCAAACCGAUAACAGUUCAUUAAUAAAAGAUAGAAUUAUGUCUUUUUUAUUCUAAA